UCCAUUGAAAAUGGUUAGUUGCGGUUUAUGAGGCCUUGCGGGAGGACGUACGUGCCGGGCGCUGCAGAUGAUCUCGAGGUGCCGCUCGUGUGACACAGUGUUUUGUAUAAGUAUAAGGACAUAAUCAAGAUGGGAUCUGAAGGAAGCUUCAAAUGCUACACCUGCAACCGGUUCUUCCGUCAUUAUCGAAGCCUUAAGCGACAUCUAGACGAUCAACAUGGGCAUCCGCGAAGGUACGAAUGUGAGGAAUGUGGAAAGACCUUUGGGAGACUGGAUAAUCUACGGGCCCAUGAGAGAAAGCACAGGAGAAGCCCUAAGAGGAGAAGCCCCCGGGCAAGCCGCUCUCCCCAUAGGAGUCCACGGUCAUCGAGGUACCAGCUGGAGGAAAGAUUGCCCAAACGUGCCCAAAUACAUACAAGGGAAAGAAGUAGGUCACCACGGAGUACUGCAAGCAGAGAUCGCCCACACUGUGAUCAACAUAAAAGCAACCAGAUCGACUGCAAAAGAGGGAGAGGUUCAGAAAGAAGGCUAAGUAAAGAACGAUCCUCUGGUAAGAGAGGAAGUGAAAGGGAAGAUGAUUUCGGCGAUCAUCUGGUGAUUGACGUAUCACCAACGACCCGUAACGAAGUGGAGAGAGAGAAUAGAAAGCCCUUAAAAGGAAAAGCAAGAGGGAUGUGGGCUCUUCUGGCCUCAGAAAGAAGACAGGCAGACAGCACAUCCGAGGAUGCAGAAGAAUCAGAGGCAAGACCGGCCGACAGCACAUGUGAGGACGCAGAAGAAUCAGAGGGGACAUUGGUUCAAGCGAAGGAUGACGUCCCAGUUACCAAUGAUAUCAGACGAGUGCGGAUAGGGCGAGACAUCGGGAAUUUAGAAGUAGAGAGAGUUCUCGAGGGGAAAACUGUGAAUGUAUGCGAAUACAGUUCCACGACAUGUUUCGGGAAGGAAGGAAAGGUGUACCAGGAGAGCAAGGAACGGCGUUAUCAAGUGACAGUGCACCAAAAUCACAAAGAAUCUGCAAACCAAAAUAAACAUGCUAAAGGUACCAUAAAGAUACACGGAGUGGACGAGGCCGCGAAAGUAGGGACCCCGUUAUCAGACAAAGAGUUGGAGGCCACAUGUGUAGGCAAAGUAAAGAAAAUAAGCCAAACAGUUAAAAGGAAAACAUUCAGUGACGGCGAGCUCAUGCACCAGGAAGAGGUCGUCACAGCGUACGAGGUAGACCUAGAAGCCGGAUUCCUGAUGAAAGACUGCUAUUAUGACCCUCUUUUUAUUCAAAACUUUUAA